CACCUGGAGAAGGAAUUUAUUUUCCGCCAGAACAGGACAUGAGAAAAUGGCUGUCCCCGCGCUCCUCGACUACGCCUACCUCAGCGGCUUGCUCUCCCGCUGCGGCCGCGCCGCCGACCACCGCCUCGGCGCCGCCCUCCACGUCACCAUCGUCAAAAACCCCUCCCACUUCCUCCUAUGCCCGCUCCGCCCCUCCCUCCGCCACGUCCUCGUCGCCUGGAACGCCCUCGUCUCCAUGUACGCAAGGUGCGGCCGCCACGCCGAAGCCGCCAGGGUGUUCGACGAAAUGCGCAUCCGUGACUCCGUCUCCUGGAAUUCGCUCAUCGGCUCCUCCGGCGCCGAGGACGCGCUCUCCCAGUUCAGGCGGAUGCUGCGCUCGUCCUCCUCCCCGGGCGGUGGCGUCUCGUGCGACCACGCCACGUUCACCACCGUCCUGUCCGCGUGCGCGCGCGAGGCGUCGCUCCCCACGUGCGCCAUGGUGCACGGGCUGGUGGUCUCGCGCGGGUUCGAGGCGGAGGUGUCCGUCGGGAACGCGCUGGUGACCGCCUACUUCGAGUGCGAGUCUCCGGGCUCGGCCGAGAGGGCGUUCCAUGGGAUGGCAGAGAGGAACGUCAUUACGUGGACAGCGAUGAUAUCUGGGAUGGCUCGAGAAGAGCUCUACAAGGAUAGCAUUGUGUUGUUUCAGCAGAUGAGGCGCACCGUGGAUGCCAAUAGCGCGACGUACUCAAGCUCCCUGUUAGCUUGCGCUGGAUCUCUGGCACUCAAGGAAGGUCAGCAGAUUCAUGGCCUUGUUGUGAAGGCUGGACUUGAGACCGACCUUCAUGUCGAGAGUGGGCUGAUGGAUUUGUACUCUAAAUGUGGCUUAAUGGAGGAUACGCUGAGUGUGUUUCGCUUAUGUCGUCAGCCUGAUGAAAUCUCCUUGACAGUGAUUUUGGUUGGGUUUGCUCAGAAUGGACUGGAGGAGAAGGCGUUUGAAUUGUUUGCUGAGAUGGCAGGCGAAGGAAUUUUGAUUGAUACUAACAUGGUUUCUGCAGUUCUGGGGGCAUUCGGUGCUUCUGCGCCAUUUGCUCUUGGGAAGCAAAUCCAUGCACUGGUCAUCAAGAAGUGCUUCGGAAGGAACAUCUAUGUCUGCAAUGGUCUGAUCAAUAUGUAUUCUAAGUGCGGUGAAUUGGAAGAAUCUAUCCAAGUGUUCAAUGAAACACCCAGUAAGAACUCGAUUUCAUGGAACUCCAUCAUUGCAGCUUUCGCGCGACACGGUCAAGGUUCUGAAGUCUUUAAGCUGUUUGAAUCCAUGAAAGCUGACGGUGCCAAUCCCACGGAUGUGACAUUCUUAUCCCUGCUCCAUGGUUGUAGCCAUGUCGGAUCAGCAAAGAAGGGACUGGAAAUCUUGAAUUCUAUGUCGUCAGAGUACGGAAUCCUCCCAAGGGUGGAACAUUAUGCAUGUGUGGUUGACAUGCUUGGCCGAGCCGGUCUGUUAGAAGAUGCCAGGUCAUUCAUUGAAGAUGGACCUUUCAAGGACAGUGCUCUUCUUUGGCAGGCCUUAAUGGGAGCUUGCAGCUUCCGUGGGAACUCGGAGAUCGGGAAAUAUGCCGCAGAGAAGUUGCUCCAUUUGGACCCUGAUUCCCCUGCUGCUUAUGUAUUGUUAUCAAACAUAUACUCAUCCGAGGGCCGAUGGGACGAUCGAGCCAGGGUCAUGAAGAGCAUGAGGGAGAUGGGUUUGAGGAAGGAUACCGGCAAGAGCUGGAUUGAGCUUGAGAAGGAGGUUCAUUCUUUCGUCGUUGGGUCACCAGCAUCUCGUCCUGAUUCUGCUACUAUGGACGAUAUGAUGUUACAGCUGUCUGCCGUUGUUGGUGAUCAUCAGGAUGAUCUGAUGGAAGGCAAUGCUUUGUGAGUGAGAGGCAAGAUGUGUAUACAUGAUUCUAAUACAGAGAAGGCGAUUUCAUGAUCAUGGCCUUCACGGUGAAUGGAGCCCCCUGCAGGAUCGUGGCUGGUGUUCAGCCAGCGACACUGCUAUGAUGACACAUGGGCAUGGGCUUAGUCGCUUAGAUGCCGCCUGGCUUGUGGUGCACCAAGUGGUUCGAGGGGGAGGCUAUGUUCUGGAUGAACCAUGUGGUUCAGCUGGUGUAAUCUUGGUGAUCACGGUGAUGAGGGUGGUAGACUGGUGACACCUCGAAGAGAACGGGAGCAGAGGCUGUUCUGGGGUUGGCUUUCCUUAUGGAACACUGCUCCGGGGUGUGAUUAGAAAGAUCCCUACCGAGGGCAUUGACAUUUGACAAUGAUCAAGGAAAACUUUUGGUCCCAGUCUGUACUCAACUACUCAUGAGCGCUUUGUCAAGCUUCUCGAAGGUCGGUUUUCUAAGGUCCUGGUGAACUAUUUUCAACUGAGAAUCUUCAUGGAGAUAUUGUAAUCCCCUAGCAAGUACGUUGAUAAUCUUGAAUCUCCUUCCCCAAUCUAGGUCUUUGAUUUUCUCAGAAUCUGCCAUUCACACAAGAAAUAUUAGCAUUAUGAUGACAAAAUUGUGGCACUUGCACAAAAGUCAGUUUUUUUUUCAUUUUUGUUAAAUUAAUAGUGAUAAAGUUGUACCAAGGAGAGUGGUAUCAAGGCUUCAUUGGGCAUAAAUUCAUACACAGCUGUUUUA